AUGUAUUCGGAAGGUAGAUUGCCGAAAGUUUUCUUGAUUUUCGCGGGCUUUAUAAUAUUCAGUUUAUGUGGUGAGGUGGUAAGUCAGAGGUAUCCGCCGGCGCCAGGACUACUGAAAUACUUGGAGCAAGACGUCUGCUACAGCCUGUACUACUAUCUUAAUUGGACCUCGUUGGCCGAUUGCAAAACAAACUUCGAAGAAACUGGAAUAUCAGAUAUACCUUCGACGGUGAAAGUUAGAUGUCAAUCAAAAAACUCUAUACGUUUUGAAACCGAACCCUCGGAGCACUGGCAACUAUUCAUUUUAAUGGAACAUGAUAACUUCGAUCCAAUACCAUUCACGCUAAUCGAACCAAAUAAUAUAUUCGGAGAAUUGAUAACGACCGCAAAUAAAGAAUACCAGAUCUGGUCGACUUAUUUGGACGAGUAUGGGACGCUUCAGGAUUGGAUGGAAGGUCCGAUCGUUUUAAAGUUUGAUCAGCGCAAUCAGCAACCGGACGAUAUAAAGUACAACGUGACGCAGGAGUUCAAAUACAUAAUCUUAGGCAACGAUUCCUAUACGAUCAACGGAAAAUUCGUUUGGAACACCACAGGUGAUCGGGACCUAUGCUUUGAUAUCGCGAAUAUUUGCCAAAACACGAACAUGAAGCACGCUAAAAUAUGGCCAACAGCACACCCCAGCUUUGAUGUGGAAAAUCUAGUUUUGAAUGACGAAUGUGAAAUUCACGUGAAGGGUAUUCACGGAACCACGAAACACAAAUACAAAACUCCAUCCUGUUUCGAAUUGCCCGAAUGUUUUUUAAAUAACAUGGAACCGGAGAUUCCACAAGACGUGGCCAUAGCCGCCGAUCAAGAUUUGCGGGGCUGGUGGAACAUCAACGUAGCGUGGGCGAAGCCACAUUUUCAACCGGAGAUUUAUAAUGUGACCGUUCGAGCUAAUAUGAUAAGAUCGAUUAUUUUACCCGGGAACGCGACUGAGACUACAUUUAGAAACAUACCCAACACGUUCCUUAGCGCCGGCAAAAUCUACAAUGUUUCGGUAUAUGCAAUAAUUGGCCAAAAAGCUUCCCACACGAGUAGAAGAGCUUUUACUCCAGGCAUGCUGCGCUGGGUGUGGGCGGGCGCCACGGCAGGCGCGGGGUGCGCGGCGGGGGGGCUGCUCGCGGCCACCCUGCUGUGCUGUGGACACCGCCGCGCCACCAGUCGCGUGUCACAGGAAGACCCCGACGAGAAAACGCCCAAAGAAGACGAUGUCGAAAUCAUCGGCAUCGAAUCGGGCAGCGCAGACGAUCACUGGGAGGUACGCUCGGACCGGGUGCUACUGCACGAAGUCAUCGGCGAAGGAGCCUUUGGCGUCGUGCGGAGAGGCACUCUCGCGCCGGGAGGCAAGUCGGUCGCUGUUAAAAUGUUAAAAGAAUUUCCAUCACAGGAAGAAGUAAGGUCUUUUCGGUCUGAGAUGGAGUUGAUGAAGAGUGUAGGUGCUCAUCCCCAUGUUGUCAGUUUAGUUGGAUGUUGUAGUGGACGAAAACCCCUCAUCGUCGCUGAAUAUUGCAGUAGAGGAGAUCUCCUCAGCUAUUUGAGAUGCUCUUGGGACAUGAUCGUGUCGAAACAUACCGCAAAGUACUACAAUAAUAAUAUGGACAACAUGGAUAGCUCCAAACUAAAAGUCCAUAAAGAACACACAAAGCUUGUCGUUAACAAACUCUACGAGUUACAAGGUCCGUGUGAGACUGAACUAACGCCUUUAGACUUACUCUCUUUCUGUCGUCAAAUCGCUAUGGGCAUGGAAUUUUUAGCUUCAAACAGAAUUGUACAUCGGGACUUGGCUGCUAGAAAUGUAUUGGUAACUGAAGAUAAGACUUUAAAGAUAGCAGAUUUUGGUCUAUCUAGAGAUAUUUACGAAGAGAAUCAGUAUAAACAGAAAGGAAACGGUAAGAUGCCUGUGAAAUGGAUGGCAUUGGAGUCCUUGACUAGAAGGGUAUACACGACGCAGAGUGAUGUUUGGUCCUUCGGCGUGGUGAUAUGGGAGAUAGUAACAGUGGGAGGCUCGCCAUAUCCAGAGGUGCCCGCAGCGCGCUUAGUGAGAUCGUUAAGAUCCGGUUACAGGAUGCCAAAACCGGUCAACUGUAGUAAGCCAUUGUACGAUAUUAUGAGGGCUUGUUGGAACGCGAGUCCUCGUGACAGGCCUACGUUUCCAGAGUUGCACCAGAAGCUCGACGACCUGCUGCAUAGUGCGUGUGCAAACGAAUAUAUAACUCUGGAAGUGGAUGUUGACGAAGCACCUUCAACGCCGAAACCGCAAAGAUACAUCAAAAUGUUGAUCAGGGGCAAAUUACCUUGGAGUCGUGAAAGUUACGAACGUCCUGUGAAUCCAACAAGCAAUCUGUACUCUUCGCCGCCGGUCAUACAAACUAAAACCGCAUGA